UGGGUAGGUUUAUUUGCCGUCUACUAUGCACCUCAUUUCCUGUUUAAAAAGAGAAUCAUGCAAGGCAAACUUCAAAACUGGAAUCUGCCAUGAGAGCUUGCAGAAAGGCUUUUGUGAGGUAGAGAAGAAAAAACCCAUUUCAUGUGACGGAACACAUUCUGAAGAGAUAUGUCUGACGUAUGCACACAUUUCCAUGUGCCACUAGGAAUCAUGUGCAUGGCCUUUGUCAUUUCACUGACUAUAAACAUUGUAAACUGCGUGGUCAAAAAUAAGAAAGCUAAAAAAGUUUUCUACUACAGUGAAGGCACCAUAAGCUACGAACCACAAUAUAUUGAAACCAACCCUAUAUAUGGCAACUUGAAUCAACCAAUGCUUGAACUUAUAGAUGACAGUUGCUAUGAGCAGAUGGCAGCUCCCCACUCAAGUAACAGAGAAGAAAUUCAGAUAAGACAGUCAGAAUCAGAGGAAAUAAUGUACUAUGCAGCGUUGGACCUCAGCCCUAAAAAGUCAAGGAAAAUUCGAAAAAAGGGAGAUAAUCAGACAGAUCUUCCAGGGUGUGUGGAUGAAGAAACAUCAAUGGAGAAUGGCAAUACUUUAUCUAAAUCCAGCAUAUACCUAAACAGUGAACAACUAACAGCUGAAAGCAAUGCUGAGAAGGAUUUAAUUCAUGAUGACCCAAAGAGACUUUACCACAUAAUUCAGAAAUCCAGAAACAACAUGCCUUCUGAGGAAUAUGAAUAGUCUGAAAACAUCUGCAACACCUGGGAAGAACUUUAAAGCCAAAUAAAAGAGGGGAAGCAAACUGUAUACAAAGCAAUUAUGUAAAUACCUGUAUAAAAGUUAUACGUUAAACUACAGUAUAUUUAUAUUUAAGGGUCUCCUUGGGAAUUAUUUAAUUAUUUUUACAUCAUGUAAAUUUUCAAACAAAUGUCUGCACUGUAAAAAGUAUAAAUGGGUUGUGUUUAAUUUUUGUGAAUUACAGAGAUAUUAUCAGUA